CUUUAUUUUGCUCCUGUGAAAAAUAACACAGAAAUGGCCAAAAAAUGUACGAUAUAUCAAUUAAUUUUCACUUUAUUUAAUAUUCCUGAGUAAUAAUUCCCGUUCAGUCUGGCCAUUAAGUUAACUUAGUGUAUCCUCGAGUGGUUUCCAGAAGUUUCCAUGCGAAUUAAUUCGCAAUCAUCAAGAAAUUACGGUAAUUUUAUAAUCGGUACGACGCCAAACCACAGCCAUCACAAUGGAAGUUGAUGAGCCUGGAGAAGAUAUUGCGAAAAAAAAUCAGGAUUCUGGUGCAUCUGGAGCUGCGGUGGAGCCCGUUUUAGGUUCGAUCACGACCGCUCUGGAUAAGGAAGAAAAACCAAUGCAAAUCCGGUCCAGCGCGAGGGUUUCCAAGAAAAUGAAACUGGAACAGGAACAAGAUAAAAAACAUGAAGACCAGCCAGAGUGCAAUCAACUACUCUCACCUUCUUCUGAAUCAUCCAUGCCUCAUCUACCAAUCCCUGGAGACAGUGACACGAAAGGGCACUCAGCUGUUGGAGGACAACCAGUCAGAUGUAGUACGAGGGUGGUUAAAAAACCUGUUAAACAAGAAGUACCACCUUCUGAACCAAAACUCAAAAAGGAAGAACCUAAAACUGACAUAAAAAAGGAGACCAGAAAAUGGACAUCUGAGGACAAAAUGAUGUUUUUUGAGGCAGUGAACGAAUAUGGCAAAGAUUUUGAAAAUAUCCAGCAACACAUUAAUAAUAAACUGAAAAAGAAGGGUGCUAGUGAUGAACAAAUGAGAACAAAGGAACAUGUUCGACAGUUUUACAUAAGAGCCUUUCAUGAGGUUUCAAAACUAGUCAAGUUUUCAGAUAGUGUAAAAAAAGUGGUUCAAGAACUUUAUGGCAUAAUUAACUAUGGGGAAUUAUAUAAGAAACUAGACUAUAGGGUCAGUGAGAAGGUUUAUCAUAAGUUAAAUGAGCUCAUUUAUAGAGGAGAAACUUGUGUUAGACUAAAAGGGAAAAACAUAAAAAUUAAGACCCCAAUGUGCAAAGCCUUAAUAAAACUAAACCAGCUCGAUGAAAAAUAUGAGGACAUAAAACUACCAAACAGGGUAACAGUAGAACUAAGGCCAAAAGACAUGGACUCUUUUGUUAAAAUCCAAUGCAUGGCUCAAAAUCCUCGUCUAAAGACUACACUACCCAUUCAAAAACGGUUAACUUCACUAAUACAGUGUCUCAAUAAAAGGUGGAAGACCAUAGAUGCUCAAAUCUAUGAAAACGCGGCUAUUUCAAAAAAUCCCGCCACACAAGACUGUGCUCCAUCAGAUCAAGAGGUGCAAGAGAAAUUGAGUCUUGUGGCGCCCCCUUUAAGGCUCCGACCUCCACCGGAAGCUAAAAUUGAACUGCCCUCCAUUAAUUUCAGUGAAUACCUAACCAGGCAGUCAAUUUGUUUGACCGCUUACGAAAGCCGCCUCGGCCUAGACACGUUCAGCGAAAUAAAAAUAAAAUCGAAAAAACGGAAACGGAAGUUGGAUGACGAUCGAAUAUCACACGUCAAAGAGGUGAAUCCUGGAGAAAAACCUGCUGAACCGUGGGAUCUCAAAGUUGAAACGGUGAAAGUCGAAGACCCAGAUGUAAAAUACUCCGAUAAUGAACCGGAGGCAUUCCUAGCUAAUGCAGUCCACGACGCAGUAAAUACAAUUUUAUCGUUGCAAACGAUUGAUAGGCAACAGUCUGAGGCAAGCGAAUCUGAGGAAAACACCCCGUCAAAACCUGUUAAAACAGAAUCUCUGUUCACCGAUGGAAUUAAACCGGAUAAUCGGACGUCGAUUCCAGUCAUCUCACAAGAAGACUUGGACCGCAUAGAAACGAUUAAAAAAGGUUGGACCGAAGAAACGAGCGAAAGUUUAACCAUCGGCGAAAUGUACAUGAUGUUUGGCUGCGAUUCCAAAUUAAUUCUCGAAUAUAGUUGGGAUACGGAUAAAGACUUGGAAAAGCCAAAAAAAACUACCGGAAAUUUUCUUGAAAUGUGGAAUGAAUCAUUCGAAGUCUCGUGGGAAAUGAAACAGAAAAACCUGACCGCUUCCCUUUCUAAACUGUUAUCUUUAGCCAAGCUGCAUUACUCACCGAAUUCCGUAAAAUGUUCUUGCGGUCAUAUUUGCAAUGAUAAAGGCCUAAAAAGUUCCGGCAUAGGCUCUAAACUCAAAAGAAAUUCGGGAAUGGAAAGUAGCGGAUCUAACGCGACUAAAAUGGAUGAAGUUGCCAGCAAUUCGGAGAGAAAAAGUGUUUUAUUUAGGAGACCUGGCUUACCUGUCAUGGAUUCUCCAAGUAUGCAACAACAGCUAAACUCAAUUAAAAAACUUCAGCCUCGAUAUACGAGUAGAAAAGGCAGGCCGAAACAGAAACCCAUCGUCGUAGAGAGAAAGUUGCCGCUUCUUCCAAAUAAUUUGAGCGGCCAUCAGAUAGUAAGGAUGAGUAUUAUAUCACAAGGGCCGAAAGUAGACGAUGCAGAAAAUGAUAAUUUGGAAGCUGAAGAGGUAGAGGAGGAACAACAAUUAAAUUUGGAAAAGGUCAUCAGAGAUCCGGAGGAAGAAAAUAGCAUUAUAUCUACGGUACCUUCAAGCCCCUCGAGAAUCCUCAAAGAGGGCGAAGACGAAUGGAUCAAUGCAGAAGUGGCCGAUUAUUCCCUUAGUAGUCUACUGGGCCACCUCGAAAGUCCGGUGAAAAUUCCGUUGCCCAUCGGCAGCUUAAAUUCGAAUAUGGCCUCGGAAUUAUCGAACGAAGUGAACGCACAAUUACAAUCACUGAUGACCGAGAGCAGUAUGGAUUUCGCGGCGAGUUUUGCCGAUUUGGCCGCCAGUGUGGUCAGUGAUAAAAAAUUCUGAUUUUUUAAUUCUUGGGGAUGAAUAACUUUUUAUGCAGAUUGAAAAGCUUUAAUAGAGGUUAGGUUAGAUUUUAUUUUGGAUAUUAAUUGAUAGUUUCCUUUUGAACUGAACGGAUAAUUUAUUAAGUUAAAUGAAAUUCGUAGUGGUUUGAGCUUUUAAGCAGGUUUUGAUGGAUAUUCCGCGGGCAGGUGAAGUUAUUGAUAAAUUUUAUCAGGAGGGAAAUGAGUAAAAUUUUAAAUACAUAUUUUAUUAAA